CUGGCUCUGGAAACGCCAAGCAAACGAGGGCAGGACCCGGGUAUGAGCGCCAAAGUCCUCCCAGGCACAGCUGCGCCGGAGCCCGCGGCUUGCAGCAGGCGGGUGGCGGCCAUCCCAGGUGCACCCGUGCCCACCCCGCCCCGCCCCAACACGGGCUGGCCCGGGAGCUGCGCUCAGGGCUCGGCGCCGGCGGCCCAGCGGCAGCAGCAGCGGGCGCCUCGGUUGGAGGGCGGCAGUUGCGCCCCCUCCCAGCUCCCGGGGAGUCGGUCUGUCUGUCGGCCCGCCCUCCCGCCUCGCUCCCUCCUCGCUCCCUCCUCCCUCGUGCAUCUCCCGGGGUGCCCCGCACAGCCUCGGAUCCCGCCCUCCCCGCUGCUCCAGUCAGUUUCCCUCUCGGCGGCGGCGGCGUGCAGAGCAUCUCAGCGCUCGCUAGGCUCCUCUCUGGCUCGCUGCCUGCCCCUCAGCCCUCGCUUGCUUCGCUUCGGGGCUACCCGAGUCCCCAUCCCCUCUCAAAGCAGGCUCGCUUCUCCCCGAAAGCGGACCGCAGGGUGGGGUGGGAGGUCGCCUCGCGGGAUCCCGCCGCCCUUCACCGACUCGCGUGGCCUGCGCUCCCCCAGCGCGAGGCGCACGCCGGGACUCCUGCCCCGCCGCCCCUGACCGCCUGGGGGUGCCCCAGGGACGCAGCGCGGCCGAGAGGAGGAGGAGGCUAGUGGGACCAUGAGGCGCCUGACUCGCCGCCUGGCGUUGCCGCUCUUCGGGGUGCUCUGGAUCACGGUGCUGCUGUUCUUCUGGGUCACCAAGAGGAAGUUGGAGGCGCCGCCGGGAGCUGAAGUGCAGACCCCCAAGCCUUCCGAUGAUGACUGGGAUGAUCCGUGGGACCAAUUUGACGAGCGGCUGUACCUGAAUGCCAAAAAGUGGCGCAUUGGUGACGACCCCUAUAAGCUGCAUGCCUUCAACCAGCGGGAGAGCGAGCGGAUACCUAGCAACCGGGUUGUCCCGGACACUCGCCAUCAGAGAUGCAGACUGCUAAUGUAUUGCAAGGAUCUUCCACCUACCAGCAUCAUCAUCACCUUCCACAACGAGGCCCGCUCCACCCUGCUCAGAACCAUCCGCAGCAUAUUAAACCGCACCCCUCUGCACCUGAUCCAGGAGAUCAUUCUCGUGGAUGACUUCAGCAAUGACCCUGAGGACUGCAACCAGCUGGUCAAGUUGCCCAAGGUGAAAUGCUUACGCAACAAUGAGAGGCAAGGUCUAGUCCGGUCCCGGAUUCGGGGUGCUGAUAUCGCCCAGGGGACCACCCUAACUUUCCUGGACAGCCACUGUGAGGUGAACAGGGACUGGCUGCAGCCCCUGUUGCACAGGAUCAAGGAGGACUACACGCGCGUUGUAUGCCCUGUGAUCGACAUCAUCAAUCUGGAUACCUUCAACUACAUUGAGUCGGCCUCGGAGCUCCGAGGAGGGUUUGACUGGAGCCUCCACUUCCAAUGGGAGCAGCUCUCCCCAGAGCAGAAGGCUCGGCGCCUGGACCCUACCGAGCCCAUUCGGACCCCAGUCAUAGCUGGAGGGCUCUUCGUGAUCGACAAAGCCUGGUUCGAUUACCUGGGGAAAUAUGAUGUAGACAUGGACAUCUGGGGUGGAGAGAACUUCGAAAUCUCCUUCAGAGUGUGGAUGUGCAGGGGCAGCCUGGAGAUCAUCCCGUGUAGCCGAGUGGGGCACGUCUUCCGGAAGAAGCACCCAUACGUUUUUCCUAAUGGCAACGCCAACACAUACAUAAAAAACACCAAGCGGACGGCAGAAGUUUGGAUGGAUGAGUACAAACAAUACUAUUAUGCUGCCCGGCCCUUCGCCCUGGAGAGGCCCUUUGGCAGCAUUCAGAACCGAGUGUUGCUGAGGAACAGCCUGCAGUGCCAGAGCUUCAAGUGGUACUUGGAGAAUGUCUACCCAGAGCUCAGGAUCCCCAACGAUUCCUCCAUCCAAAAGGGCAGCAUCCGACAGAGGCAAAGGUGCCUGGAAUCACAGAGGCCCAGCAACCAAGAGAACCCAAACCUGAAGCUGAGUCCCUGCAGCAAGUCCACUGGCGAGAAAGCCAAGUCCCAGAUAUGGGCCUUCACCUACACACAGCAGAUCAUCCAGGAGGAGCUGUGCCUGUCGGUAGUCACUCUGUUCCCUGGCGCCCCAGUGGUCCUUGUCCUUUGCAAGAAUGGGGAUGACAAACAGCAAUGGACCAAGACGGGUUCCCACAUCGAGCACAUAGCAUCCCACCUCUGCCUCGACACAGAUAUGUUUGGUGACAGCACUGAGGCCGGCACAGACGUUGUCGUCAAUCCAUGUGAGUCCUCACUCAUGAGCCAACACUGGGACAUGAUGAGCUCUUGAACUUCCUUGCCCAGGCCAAUGUGGGCUCUGGGGUUGGUACUUCUGUAGGCCAGAACAGACUGGAAAAAGAGGCUGCGGGCAGCCCAUGACUGCUGCACACACCCUGGACUGGGAGGCAGAGGCAGAGCCUCUCAGGACAGGUGCACUGUCUCAGGGAGGAUGGAGGAAACGCUUGAAGGCCAGCAUGGCUCAGUGACCAAUCCCACAUGUUCUGGAGGGCAUGAUGUUCCUGGCCCGGUGUUCCCCUGCCUGGUCCCUGGAGACGGAUGCAAUGGGAAGUGUUUGCUGCUCCUUUUCUUCCAAAAAAGAAAAAGCCUUCCCUGUCAUCAGGCCAGGACUAGAGUGGAGGUGGUUUUCAAAAUAAAUAAAGUUAAUUUUAGAAAUUGUC